CUCUCUUUGUCAUUGUUGACUAGCAUUCAAUAUUUUUAUAACCUCACAAUCCAUGGCUUGGGCAUAUUACAUAUUACAUCCAUGGCUUGGGCAUACAAAUAUCACUUACUAACAUGCUUCGGAAUUCUAGUAGCUCUUGUCCUUGCACUUGUUGUUCAAGUAACCUUUUUCUCACCGUCGUUUGGCCCUGCUGCAAAUGAAUUUCGAAACGGCAAAAUACAGGAAGUGAUCAAACUAGGAGAAGGGCUUCUAAAGCAACCAGAAGACGUUGCAGUAGAUAAAAAUGGAGUUCUUUAUACAGCUACAAGAGACGGUUUUAUCAAAAGGAUGCACAAAAAUGGAACUUGGGAAAAUUGGAGGCGACUCGACAGUGAUGGUUUGUUGGGAGUAACAGUUACUGCCGCUGGUGAUAUUGUUGUGUGCGACGCAAAUAAGGGCCCACUUAAGAUCGACGAGAAGGGAGUGAAAGUUCUUGCAUUACACGGGUUUGCGGACGAUGUGGUAGAAGCAUCGGACGGCAGUUUGUACUAUAGUGUGGCGAGUACAAAAUACGGCCUCCACAACUGGCACCUUGAUGUGCUGGAAGCUAAGCCUCACGGGCAGCUUUUGAAAUACGAUCCUUCAUCAAAUGCUACAUAUGUUGUACUUGAUGGCCUUGGAUUUGCGAAUGGCGUUGCCUUAUCUGCCGACCAAGAUUACUUGGUCAUUUGUGAAUCUUGGAAACAUACGUGUUUGAAGUAUUGGUUGGAUGGAGAUAAAAAGGGGAAAACAGAGAUUUUCAUUGAUAACCUUCCUGGAGCUCCUGACAACAUAAACCUUGCCCCAGAUGGUUCAUUCUGGAUUGCUUUGUUAGAGCUGCAUAGUCGUAGGCUCGAGUUUUUGUACAAGUGGCGAUCAUUGAGGUACUUGAUAGAGUCUCAUCAUGAGUUGGGAAAGUGGAUGGCUCGCUUAAGGAAGAAAGCAAUGGUGGUGAACGUGGAUAGAAAUGGCAAGAUAAUAAGGGGUUUUGACGACCCGACUGGAAAGGUGAUGGAGUUUGUAACAUCCGCGUUGGAGUUUGAAGGGCACUUGUACUUGGGUAGUCUUCGCAACGAUUUCAUAGGGAAAUUACCAUUGCCAACUCCACCAGUUUAAUUACAAACGCUUCUUUUAGCCCAAGUGUUACUGUGUGCAUUGAGGAAAGACGUCUCAACCAAAACUUUUAUUAGUCAUGUUAUGUUACAUUGUAAGAAACACAUAAGUUUGGCUGUAUAUCUACGUUAUUUAUAGAUUGUGAUGCAUUUGCUCACGAAGUCAUUUUGUCUGGAAAUUUGUAUACGUUAUGGGAUGAGAAGUUUUAUUGGAGAAAAAUAUAUGGCUCUGGACCAACCAUAUUAUUCGCUUAUGCGAUUGGGAGUUUAAAGGGAGUCCCCACUAGGCUAUAAGAAGAAAAAUGGCAAAAUAGCAAUAAAUAUUAUCAGCAAAAAAG